AUGGAGCAAAUGGCAGCAGAAAAUGGAGUGGCAGCCAUGGCGGCCCGCUACCGGCGCUUUGACCCGGCGGCGUAUCUGCAGUACAACUACACGCCGCCACGGGCCGACUUUGACCGCAAGGACAGUAUCGUUCCAUGGAAACUGGCGUGCCUGCAUAGAGCCUUCACCGAAGGCGACGUGAGCGGCGAGCUGCUGGUGGACAUCGGCUCUGGACCCACGCUCUACCAAGUCCUGAGCGGCUGCGAGGUGUUCGACAAGGUGCUCCUCACCGACUUCCUGGAGGCCAACCGACAGGAGCUGAGGCGCUGGGUGCGAGGCCAGGAGGGCUGCGGCCUGGACUGGACGCCGUACCUGCAGCACGUCUGCGAGCUGGAGGGGCGACGGGCCUCGGCAUGGACAGAGAAGGCGGCCAAGCUCCGCCGGGCGAUCGCCGACGUCCUGCCCGUCGACGUGCACCGACCCCAGCCUCUGGACCCCCGCGCCCUGCCCCCCGCGGGGGCCGACUGCCUGGUGUCCUGCUUCUGCCUGGAGAGCGUCAGCCCCGACCUGGCCGCCUUCACCAGGGCCCUGGGCCACAUCCGGAAGCUGCUCCGGCCCGGCGGCCACCUCCUGCUGAUCGGCGCGCUCGGGGAGAGCUUCUACUUCGGGGGGCCCGGGGUGAAGAUCCCCGUGGUGCCGCUAGGCGAGGCGGAGGUGUGCGCCAGUCUGAAGGAGAGCGCCUACACCCUGAUCCGGCUGGAGGUUUACACGCUGCCCCAGGACAUGAGAGUGGGCGUGGAUGAUGUGACUGGGGUGUUCUUCGCAAAGGCGAGGAAGGAUUAA